AUGGCUUCGGUUGUACUUCCUUUGUGUCUUGUUGCCCUUGCAAACGUGGUUCUGGGCCAGGACUCGACGCCAUCGCCGGCAUCAGCGGCGCCGAGUAUUUUGACAGCUUCUGGCUCCUCGUAUGCAACACACAUUGUGACUGUGGGAAAGGCGCUGAACCAAUUUGACCCUGACUCAUUAAUAGCCAAUGUGGGAGACGUGAUUCAAUUCGAAUUCUUCCCACCAAACCACUCCGUUGGUCGCGCGGAGUACCAACAGCCCUGCAUACCGUAUGAAGAUACCGGGGAGAACAAAGUCGGAUUCUGGUCGGGAUUUUUCCCGCUUGAUAAGAUCCUUCCUAACCCGCCAACAUGGAAUCUGACCAUCAACGACACUGAGCCCAUCUUUCUUUAUUGCGCAGCUCCUGGUUCAUGCAUCAACUAUCAGAUGGUUGGGGUUAUCAAUCCUAACGACUCAGUAUCGCUGGCCACGCAAAAGCAAGAUGCGGCUAAUGCGCAGUACAUGCUAGCACCUGGAGAACCUUUCCCGUCAGAAGCGGGGGUGCCCUCGGGUGAUGUCAACCCGGGAAUCAAUGCGAAUGGUUCGACCUCUCAGCCGGCAUCUACGCAGGCAACGUCUUCUACCGCUUAUGCCUCGCACACGCCCGAGGCGUCUUCUCACAAAUUAUCGACUGGCGCCAUUGUGGGUAUUGUAAUUGGGGGGAUCGCAGUGGCGGUCCUAAUCGGAGCCCUAUUCUUCCUUCUUGGACGCCAAAAGACCAUGCUCCAAUUCAUGAGGCGGAAUCAGUACCAGGCACCCGGGGCACAGAAUCCGCCAGGAGACCAGCCUGACAUCAGAUCGCCGCCGCCCCAGAUGACUUCGUUUCCAAUUGCUCCAGCAACACCAUAUUCGGGAACGCCCAACUACCACGAAUCUGCUUAUGACACCCCUCCAUACACAAGGCACGCAGCACAAGAUCCUCUGGCCACUCCACAGCCUCCAGUGGCUGAGCUGCCCUCGCCUGCGGAGAAGCACAUGCAAGAGUAUAUCAGCUCCAAGCCUCUGGAGAUGGAACAACAUUCACAGGAGCCUUACCAGGACAGCAGAGCGCCAACGCCGCAACCGCAGGCAGGGCCAAUGAACUUCUGGGGAGGGUCGAGGUCAACGAAGACACAAACGUCUGAAUUGUCAGCCGAGUCGCCAAGUGUAGGGAGGAGCCCAAACAUGUCCCCAAGCAGGUACCAUCCUAAUAGAUGA